UUUCCUCUAUUAAAAUCAAAAUAAACAUUAAUAGGCAACCUUUAAUACAAUGUCAUCUACGUAACGAAUAAAUAGAACAGUUUCAUAUUCAUUGUAUAAAUUAACGAAACAAGUUUGAAAAUACGUGUAUUCCAUUGUGUAUGUUAAUUUUUCGGCUUAAAAAGUGUUCCGUAAAGAAUUUCUCUUAAAAAAUGUUCUUACUUUCUUAAUUAUAAUAUAUAAAUCCACGAGCAUAGCUGGAUUUCGUAUAAGUAUCGAAUAUAAUAAAUUAUUUGAAUAAAAAUUAUAAUGCCAAAACGGAAGAAUCACAAACGAUCUCGACACAAAUUUUUAUAUCAAUCUCAAGAAACUUUAUUACAAAAUUCAGAUACUUCUGACGAGAUCGAUUAUGCAGAAAAUAAAUAUAUCUCUUUGCAGAAAAAGUCGAGAUCAUCGGAACGACUUUUGCAUCAACGAUCCCCAGAAUCUGUACUGUUCGAAUCUGAGCAACCUGAUUUAUCGUACUACGAUGAUUUAAGUCCAGAAAUCGUGCCACGAUUUCGUCGAAUAAAAUUAGAUUUAAAUGGAUCGGACAAACAUGAGGCGGGAGAGAACAGCAAUAAAAGUGAAAAAGAAGUAGUGGCUAAAAUAAAUCAAGCAAAUAAUCUGUUUAAACAGAAUACCGAUGUAUCUGGGAAAGAAUGCUUUCUAUUAGACAAAACUCUAUCGAUGAAUCAGGAAAUAAAAUUAGAAAUGAACAAUUGUAAGUUUUUGCAAGAGAAAAAGUCAUUUUCAAGGAUUAAAUUUAACGAUUAUACUACCGAAGUUCGUUCUCCAAAAUCAUCUUAUCGCUUCUCUUGUGGUUAUACCUCGGAACCAACAAAAUUUUCUAAUUUUAAUUCAGAAUCAGAAUCUCAAAAUGAAUUUCAUAAUUUUUUAGACGAAUUUCAAACGAUGAUUUCUACGUGCGAUUCUGUGAGCCAAUACGAGGAGAAACGUAAUAGUAGAGAUAGAGUUAAAAUAAUAAACGAAAAAAUUGAGCAAGAUUCAGAUGGGAAUCGAUCCAAUAAUUGGAGCGAGUGCAGGCAGAUUCUUUCAAAUUUACGAUAUUUAAGUAACAUUAAAGUGCGGACAGGGAAUCAAGAAUUCUUUGGAAAUCGCGUUCAAACAAAUUCAUUUUCUUGUUACACUUCUUCGUCGUUAACUUCGAAUGAGACUUCGAACGAACGUAUCAAUAAGCAUUAUUCCGUAGAAGAUGAGAAGAUCAAUAAUAAGGUCGAUGAAAAUUACACAGACACGAAAAGCUCUUCAACGAGGAUUAGAGCUCGAUCGAUCACUCCUUGCAGUGGUUCACCUCCUCCUGCGAAAAGAUGCCGGACCACGCUCAAAUUCGACGACGAAGUGGAGGCAGAAGGAUCGCAAAAACCCGUAGAUUCCGCUACCGAUUUAUUGCAGAUGGAAAAGAAAAAUGUUCAGAAUUACUUUUGCCCGAAUACAACGAUCACAAAAACCAUUUGGAGCAGCAACAGUUCAGAAUCCCCGACCACUUUGAUUUUGGAUCUUCCAGUUAUGUCCGAUUCUGGCAGCUGUAGCAGAUGCUUUCAAGAACCUAUUGAUUUUAAUAAAAAAUGCACGUGUACCAGUUUUCAGCAAAGCAAGCCAUUUCAAAAACUUCAAUUUGCAAAAAAACCUAUUGCUAAAAUUGUUCUGUUUUGUGUUUGGAUGAUAAAAAAAAUAACAACUAUAAUGAAAGAAGCUUAUGAAAAUUUUAAGCGAAUUGUUUCAACGUUUAUAUCAACGAGACAACAAAUGAAAGAAUUCAAUCAAGUUAUCAUAACAUUACGCUCAGAGAAUGAACAGAUGAUCAACAAAUUUUUGGAGAAAAUUACCUGUUUGUCUGAACAAAUUACUCAAGUGUGUGCAGGUAAUUCAACCGCUAUUGCCACUUUAACUGCAGAAGUAAUCAGUAUACAAGAGCUGAGUAAAAAGUUGACCGGAAAUAACGAGACGUUGAUGCAAGAACUGAAAACGUUGCACCAAAUGCUGAAGGAUAUGCAAUCGAGAUCUCCGAAGAAAUCACUAGCACUACCACCACUACCACCACCACCACCACCUCUCCCAUCUCUUCCACCCCCUAUACCAUCAAUUUCAAUAUCAUCCAUCCCAUCAGCUGCUCCUCCUCCUCCUCCUCCUCCUCCUCCACCGCCUCCUCCUCCUCCUCCCCCUCCACCACCACAAUCAUCGUUUCUUCAAAUUUCGUCGCACAAGUCGCCGAUCAUCACGCCAACCACUCCGAACAACGAUAGAAACAUCAGGUCGCCCUCGAGAAAGUGCUCGACACCGCUGUUUAACAGGCCAGCUAUAACUGUCGAGGAUUUGCUGAAGGUGACCCUAAAAAAAGCACCGCAAAACUUUAAGGAGAAUAGAAGAAACACGAUACCAGGACCAAAGGGACCCGUCGUUUCCUUAGACAUGUUACGCAGUGUGAAAUUAAAAUCUGCCAGGCGCAGAACGACUGAUCAAAUCAUAAGGUCUCCAAGGAGCGGACGAAUAAUUAAAACGCGUACAGCGCCGAGUCUCAGUUUGUCUCCGAUUACGAAAAACUCGGAGAACUCACUGGGUCGAAUUCUGAAACAGGUGGAAAUUAAUAAACGUGGCCCAAGGCGUCUAUUGUCGAGCUCGUCAAAUUUUCGCGAAAAUAUUAUUGGGAAAGAUAAUCAAUUAUCGGGCGUAGAUACGAAAAAUAACAAUUCGCAAUCUAUGACUGCGUUACAGAAGUCGAUAAUCGUAGAUUAAAGGAACAUGUUAUGUAAUAAUAUUGAUAUCAGAAAUCUUUAUGUCGCAAACUUUAGUAAAUUAACUUGUUAUUUUGUUAUUGAUUAAUCUUGAUACAUAGAUCGGGUUAUCUAAUAUAAUAUGAUGAAUAAGAACAAUUUAUUAAUAGUAGAGAAUUUUUAUGCGUGACGAAUUUUUUUCUUCUUCUUCUUUUUUACUGAAUUGUAACUUAAUACGUAGAAACAAAACGCUUAUAUAUAUAUAUAUCUUACAAAAUGCGGUCAAAAUCUUACUUUUACAAUUUUACAACUUGUAAGAAACGUCUUCGAAUUUUACUAUCAAAUUUGUUUUCAAUAUAUUAAAUUACGAUUCUGUAAAUAUCUAUUAAUUAGAAUUGUUACUUGUUAUUUUGAAAUGACUAUGAAAUUCUAAAUCGAUGACAAAAAAUGCGAAAAAAAAUAUUUUAAAAUUAUAUUCAAUUAUAAUUAUUGACUCGUAUACUAAUAUAAUAAUAAUAAUAUUAAUAUUAAUAAUAAAGAUUUGUGGAAACAUUUAGAGAGUUGUAAUUAUUUUAUUUUGUAGCUUUCACGUAUGUGUGUGUUCGUGUGUACGUGUGUAUGUGGUUUUACAGAAAAAGAUCGUAUCCGUAAGUGUAAUCGCAUCGAUUGCAAUAAUAGUUAAUAAUAGUAGUAGUAGUAGUAGUAGUAGUAGUAGUAGUAGUACGGAGCGUGAGAACGCAUAACGAACGAAUCCGAUAAAAAGAAACGACGAGAUUUAAUCCCCUCCAAAUGACGAUAAAUUUCGAUAUCUAGGUCUAAUUAUUCGCUCUCGUGAAUUGGGUUAGCGACAAGAUGGAACGAUCUGAAGAUAAUUACAAAAGAGAGAAAGAGAGAUACACACAAUUAGUGUUUUAAAAUACAGAGAGACAAGAGCAAGAUAACAUACAUCUAGGGAUGAAACAUUAGAUGUGUUAUGUAUGUGGUAUUAGUACGUAUUAUUUUCUUUUUUCUUUUUUCUUUUUCUUUUUCUUUUUCUUAUAAAAAUCGACUAAGCACGCACAACGAUACUGAAUAAAAGAUAAAAGCGGUUUCAAUCGAUACAUCGAUCAUCUAUAUUCUUUCAAUAAUAAUUCUACAAUAAAAUUCAGGUAGUAGUCAUCGAUAUUCUACCCAAUUUUAUUUCAACCGAGAACAUUAUUCUACAUUUACUUUUUUUUUCUUUUUUCAUUUCAUCAUGAAUCAUACGCUACAUCAUCGACGAUAAUAAUAAUAAUAAUAAUAAUAAUAAUAAUAAUAAUAAUAAUGAUAAUGAUAAUAAUAAUAAUAAUAAUAAUAAUGAUAAUAAUAAUAAUAAUAAUAAUAAUAAUAAUGUUAUCACGUUGGGCUACUUCAUCUUGUUUUUAAUCCAUCGUGUAAGCAAGUAAUUGGAUGAGGUAUCUCACAGUUUAUCGUCGUUUGGAAUUUAUUUCAUGUUCACAUUCGUUAACAAAUUUUUUAAUUUUUUCUAUCCUUCCUUUUUAUUUAUUUAUUUAUUUUUUUUCAAAGAUUUGUCGCAUAGUUGUGCAUAUAUUACGCAUUUAAAUUAUAUAUAUAUAUAUAUGUAUGUAUAUCCGAUGAUUCCAAUGUUUCCUCUAUUUUUCCAUUGUUCCUCAAUCCUCCUUCUAUGGUUCCAUUAUUUUCCAUCGUGUCUUUCAUGCGAUUUUCUUUAUCAAAAUCGCUUCUGGAUAAUGUUUGCGUUUCAUUUCAUGAUACGCUCUCUAAACUGUUCGUUUCUCUCCAUACUAUCGCUCGAACGAUUCACGUCGAUUGAAUUCUUUUUUUUUUUUUUCUUCGAUAUCCUAACUUUACGAUCUUAAGAUUAAAUCGUAUAUAUUUACUUACGGUGCCGUUGAUAUUACUUGAAUUAUUCUUUAUAACUUUAUUUUAUAACAUGAUUAUCAAUUUGUAUCGUGUUAUUAAUACCUAAAAUACAGGGGCACGAUGUACACUAAAAAUUUCUAGGCAGAGCUCUCGAUUUUUCAUUUUGCGCGUUUUCUUCGCCUUCGUUUUUUUUUUUUUUAUUUUUUUUUCUUUUUCCACUUAAAUAUCAAACCUCGCUUUUUUGCUGCACGCUUAUUACACGGGUGCUCAACGAAAGUGUCUUCGAUAUUUUUUUUUUUUAAUCGCGAAAAAAAUUCUGGUUUCGAAACAUGUAACACAGUGAAAAGCAGAAAAACUUAAUGUAAUAUAAAUAUUGAAAAAUAUGCAGUAUGUAAUUUCUUUGCAUUUUUUUAAUCAUCAUCAAGCAAAAUAUUAAUAUUCUAUGUUAUUGAAUACAGAAACAUUGCACUUAAGAGAUGUUUUUGUUUAAAAAAAUUUGUCCAUAUCGCACAAAUUUUCGAACCGAUAAUAUUUAUCUCGACAAACGAAUAAUUCUAUUGUAUUACUAAAUACUAUUUAUUACUCAAAAUGCGCAAAUUUCACGGAUUUUUAAUAAUAAUAAACGAAGCCUCUCUUAGCGUUUCUUUUUUUUUUUUUUUAUUGGAAUGUUUCCCGUUUAUUUCUCUCUUUUCUUUUCUUUUUUUUUUUUCAUAAGCUAAAAUCGACGGAACGGUUCAUCGACGAUAAAAAGGUGAAUGGACGUAUGGCUAAGAUCAACUAAGAUAUAGUGGAAUCGAGGACAGUGAUAAUAUAGCGAAAGUGAGCGCGGGUGAAGAACGAGUCGGGAUACAAUUGUUUAUUCUGUAAUUUGUUAUACCACAGCGAUCGUUAUAGUUUACAGAAGAGGCGUAUGAAAAAGUACAACCACAAUUACAGACUAGCUAGGUUAGUUUACUUGUUUCCUGCUAUUUUUUUCCGUCUGCGAAACAUAAUCUCUCUUCCCUUUUCUUUUUUUUUUUUUUUUUUAUUAUUAUUAAAAAUGCUCAUCAACCAUGAUUUUUUUCUUUUCAGCCUUCUUUCGAAGAUCAGAUUGCUCUUUCGUCACACAGAGGAGACACAACUGAUUGGUAUAUGAAAGAAUAUAUCUAUUUACGACGAGAAUAGCGAAUAUAUAUAUUUUUCUCUUACUCACAAAAUUAAAAAGAAUUUGUUUUCGACUUAACAUAAAAUUUGAUACUGCGAAAGCCAGACUUAAGACAUAAAGACAAAGAUGUUAUUGCGUUUCUUCUUUUUUUUCUUUUUUCUUUUUUUUUUUUUAAGUACAUCGCUUUCGCGGCAAGCACACGUUCUUGAACGAAUAGUUUACAAGUUAACUAUACGAGAGAACCCAUGCUCAAGACCUAUGUAUGUGUAUGAUGUAUGAAAUUA